UUGGCUCCUGAAACUUGUUGGAGUCUCACCUUUAUUUUAAAAACAAACUCUCAGAACCUGCAGGCCCAUCCUGCGACCCGCCGUCCUGAUCCCGCCCAGUAUACAGAGGAGCUCGGUGUCGGUCCAAUGCUGGCAGCAGUAGAACAGAACAGGUCUGUGUGAACAGAACCCAGUGAGGACGGUCUGCAGGCUUCAGACUCACGUGACCAACAAGUCCGCUCUGAACCUGGAUCCUUACGGACGUCUUUGGACUCAUUUGACAUCAUCUUCAUCAGAACCCGGUACCGCGGAUGAUGCACCCAGCCACGGGACAGAACCAUUCCCGAAUUGGAUUCCACCUAGAAGUACCGACUCCUCUGGGCCAGGGCCGGGUGAACCAGCUCGGAGGGGUCUUCAUUAACGGCCGGCCUCUUCCGAACCACAUCCGACACAAGAUCGUGGAGCUGGCCCACCACGGGGUCCGGCCCUGCGUCAUCUCCCGCCAGCUGCGGGUCUCCCACGGCUGCGUGUCCAAAAUCCUGUGCAGGUACCAGGAGACCGGUUCCAUCCGACCCGGAGCCACCGGGGGCAGUAAACCCAGACAGGUUCCCACUCUGGACGUGGAGAAGAAGAUCGAGGAGUUGAAACAGAACAAUCCGGGAAUGUUCAGCUGGGAGAUCCGAGACAAACUCCUGAGAGAUGGACUGUGUGACUCCAGAACCGUCCCAUCAGUGAGUUCAAUCAGCCGUGUACUUCGAGGUCAUUUUGGAAAAAAAGAUGAAGACGAGGAAUGUGAGAAAAAGGACGAAGAUGAAAAAAAGAGAAGCAAACACAGCAUCGAUGGAAUUCUCAGAGACAAAG